AUGUCCCAGCAGCCCCGUCAAGUUCCCACUCACUCCUCAUCGCCGUCGAAAUCAUCAUCCCGGCGAACGACCAGCGGUGGCGGUACCAGUACGAGUACUCGACCAACAUCGCAGGCUCCGCAGCAACAACAACCCUCGAACACUCGCAGUCUCCUGUCCUCUCCGCACUUUGAAGAUGACCCGAUCGUCGCAUCCCACCAGCAAUACAGCAAGCGUCCCAGCUUGACACUCAACGACCCCGAAUACUCAGAACACGCCGUGGCCGAAUCCGAACACUGCAGCCAUGGCCUUGGCUCGGCUCAUCCGCAAACAACAGCCGAAUCGAUCCCGUCCUUCCAGCCGUUCUUCACCCUGAUCGAAGACAGCGUUACAAAUGAGCACUAUCACCCUACCGUGCAUUAUAUCUUCGCAGACGAUGACACGGACAUGAUCACCGAGGCUGCGUUGAGGAGCCUGGAGGUCUUGGAUCCAAGUCAGCGAGCUGGCACCGGCCCACACGGGCAGUCACAGACGCAAGGACAUGACGCCCACCAGAACCACGAGGAGAGCUCAAACGCAUCCCGACUGCCGGCCCCUGUCGCGGGAAUGCGGGAGCACUAUAUCGUGCUCGAUGUGCAUCCCCAGACUUCUGGCACGCAGCUGGAAGACAAUUCCGGCACAACUACCGCUACCUCGGCAUUCACGUACGAAGUUUCGUCUGCACACUCCCUGAGUGCGGAAUGGCAGGUCCUCCGGACGAGCAUAUCCACUGCACCUACCAUUGGUGACAAUCCGUCCGCGGAAGACGAAGGGUUGAUGCUUCGGAUCGAGGGGAGGGGGAAUACACCCGGGAACAUUGUGCAAAAGGGCAAGGAAGCCGACGGGGAGAAAGAGAAGGAGAGGGAGACCAUGGAGGAGAUGAUUGAGCGGUUUCAGCGCCGGCUAGAGGAUGUCAGGAUGGUCAUCGAGGCUGGUGGCGGGACGUCUGGUCUCAAUAUCGGAGACGGUGCGGGUAUGGAGGAUUUGAUGCCGCAGAGCUCACACUAA